GGGAGAUAAUUGAAGACGUUCUAAACAAUAAACCAGCCGGAGUUAUCUCCCCUAAGUCUGUUGACGCCCAAACAAGGCUUUUCAAUAAUGGCGGCAUUCAAGCAGAAGUUACAGGCGGUUCUGUGGCUGGCAGAGCUGAAAUCAGUAGAGGCUGUGCGAGUUAAAUGGACGGAGCAGUACGCAGAAGAACCUCCAACAGAUCAGAUGCUUUUAACUUGGAAAAAGAAUUUCCAGGCUACGGAAAAUAUCCACUCAAACAGCGAUGUAGGAACGUCACCGCUGAAACGACCACGACAAGACUGUGAGACCACGAGGCGGGAAGAUGAACCAGAGUUUAAAUUUAGUCUACAAACCACUCUGGAAGACAUCCGCCAGAAACAGGAAGAUUUCUGCACAGAACGAAACUGGGCCCAAUAUCACACACCACGAAACGUCUUGUUGGCACUGGUGGGAGAAGUCGGAGAACUCGCCGAAAUAUUUCAGUGGAAGGGUGAAGUGAAAGAAGGACUUCCAGGUAGGUCUCCCACCAAAUUUUCUUAUUCCUUGAAAUAUUCUAGAGGGAAAGCGGGGAGUGCUAGUGAAGGCAUGGGUUUGAUAGGUCUCUGGUACUAUUGUGGUAAUGUGAUCGCAGUCUGUGUCUCAUUGCACCAUUAUUUCUGGCCUAAGAUGGACAGGAGACUUCAGACUGUCCUCCUCACCUGGCUCAUCUACACUCACCUUUACCACCAGUCCACAAAUGCCGUGCUGAGUAAAUUUCUGAAGAACUCAAAGAAAUAUCCUGCGGACAAAGUGUUUGGCAAAAGUAACAAAUAUACAGACUAUAGAGACCAACUUAAAGAAACUUGAAUAACUGGGAGAAAAUGAGAAACAAAAAUAUCUUUGGUUGAUAUUCGUUUAUCUCUAUGAACCAGGUGUGUAAAUUAAAUAAUAAAUACAUACAGAAAUACAGUUUUAUAUACAUUCAAACAUGUACAACAACAACAUUCAAACAUGGCGUUAGGAAGGGCAUCCAGCUGUAGAAAC